CCUCUUUUUCUUCUUCUUCUUCUUCUCUGAAAGACGACAAGACAAAUCCACAAAGACAAGAGCUCUUGAGCGACCGAGGCUUCUGGGACUCGCUUGCUCUCGACUCUCUCUUUCUCUCUCUGUUUAUGCCGGUGUCUUUUUCCGUUGCCGCCAGGAUGAGACGCUCCGCCAUUAAAGCAGCUUCUAAAGAGUUGGAACGGAUUGAUAAUGUGUUCUAUACCUAUGCAAAUACGACUUCUGGUGUCAUUGAUCCAGAAGGAAUCGAGCGUCUUUGUGCAGAUAUGGAAGUUGACCCUACAGAUGUAAGGGUCUUGAUGCUUGCCUGGAAAAUGAAAGCCGAAAAACAGGGAUACUUUACCCUGGAAGAGUGGCGAGUUGCACUUAAAGCAUUAAGGGCAGAUAGUUUAAGUAAAUUAAAAAAGGCACUUCCAGAGCUAGAGAAAGAGGUCAGGAGGCCAUCAAACUUUGUGGAUUUCUAUUCCUAUGGAUUCAGAUAUUGCUUAACAGAGGAGAAACAGAAGAGCAUAGAUAUAGAGAGUAUAUGCCAAUUAUUACAUAUUAUAUUAGGAUCUCAGUACCAAGAGCAGGUUGACUCAUUUGUAGAGUACUUAAAGACUCAGAGUGAUUACAAAGUCAUAAACAUGGAUCAAUGGAUGGGCUUUUACCGAUUUUGUGAUGAGAUAAGUUAUCCAGACCUUAGCAACUAUGAUCCUGAACUUGCAUGGCCUUUGAUCCUUGACAAUUUUGUUGAAUGGGUGCGAGAAAAGCAGAGCUAGAACUGAUGAUUCGUGGUCAACUUCAGUCUGCUGAAAACAACAAUUCCUCCAGAAUGAAUUGGCCUUUUUGCAGGACAUUGGAUGGCCCCAGGAAUUUAUUUCGGUUCUGUUCUGCUAUGAAAAGCUUCCUCAAAGUGCUUGGCUUUGGUAAUUGUAUGUUUGUGUUAUGAUAGUACCUUGGAAAGCCUUGUUAAAUGUCACAGCGGCUUCCAUAAUUGUUUCUGUUGAAUAUUCAAUUAAAUUGCUCUCAAGUUACUUGAGAAAAUGGUGUGAAUGCCGCGGACCUAUGCUAUUUUAGUGUGAAGUGAUUGUAUCAUGAUGUGUUUGAUAGAAUAAAAAUCACUCUUGAAUUUCCUGCC